UAGAAGAAAGAGAGAUGCCAUUGCCAGACAAAAAAACAAAAUAGCUAGGGAGAUCGGAACUGUGAAAAGUUCUGAGAAAAUGGCCGGCGCUUCCUCGCCGUCGCCAUGCAUCUUCUGCGCAAUCGCCGGCGAUUCAAGUUCGACCAAGCUUCUACACACUGAUGACAGAGUUGUGGCUUUCCAGGACAUAAGGCCUGCUGCUUUCAGGCAUUACUUAGUGAUCCCUGUGAAGCACAUUGCUACGGUCAAUGAUCUGAGAAGAAGCGAGGAGGACCAUUCUCUAGUGAAUCACAUGUUGCAGGUGGGGCGAACUCUUUUACAGCGGGAUGCUCCUGAUGCGAAAUACAGAUUUGGCUUUCAUCGACCACCAUUUAACAGUGUAAAUCAUCUACACCUCCAUUGUUUAGCAUUGCCAUUCAUACCGAAAUGGAAACACAUGAAAUAUGUAUCUCUUGGACCGCUUGGAUUCAUCGAAGCUGAAAGAUUGCUGGAGAAGAUAAAGCCUUGAUAGCCACUUCUUGAGGAUGAUCUUUUCCUUAAGUACAUUUGAGCAUAAGAUAGCUUCUACUCACAAUUUGCUGCUGUAUCCCCUUCCCCACCCUACUGAGGCUAACUGCAUUUAUUCAAAUUAAAAUGGUUUCUAACAGUAACAAUACUGCCGCUACUCUCUCCCACGACAGUUGACUGCAAUGACAACAACGAGAUCCCUUCUAUCUGCUGGGUACCUGAAGAAGGACUCCUCAUUCUCUUGGUCUUGGAUCCAUUACUGUAUCCGUUGGUCGGACCUUCCCAAAUGAAAUGAGGUAGCCUUCGCAUGAUGCGCCAACGGUAGCAGGCGUAGCCUUCGGAAUGAGGACGAGAGGAGUAGGCCAGGGAACUGCCGGUAUCUUGUCUUCCUCAAGAAACAGAGUCCUCUACCACCGUCAUUGUUGCAUUCCAACGAAGCUGUGCUUGGGAGUUGGGACUAUGACGACCGAAAAAUUAUAACAAACUUGAACCUUCAUG